AUGCGAAGUAAAUACUGGAUUCCUGGAGUUCACAAAAUCAUUAAACGAGUUAAGGAGAAUUGUGUGGUAUGCAGAAAGCGGGAUAAGGUGUUAGUGCAACAACAAAUGGGUGUCUUACCUUCUUUUAGACUGAGCCCAGCACCUCCAUUCUACAACUGUGCCGUUGACAUGUUCGGACCAUAUACCAUACGUGACACAGUCAAGAAGCGGACACACGGAAAGGCAUAUGGUGUAUUGUUUAACUGUCUUAACUGCAGAGGUGUUUAUGUUGACCUGGCUGAAGGUUACGACACGGGAAGUUUCCUUGUUGUGUUCAGGAGAUUCAUAUCUCUUCGUGGCAACCCGAAACGAAUGAUUUCUGAUGCAGGCACACAAUUAGUAGCUGCGGGAAAGGAACUAAAGAAGUAUGGAAUAGAAUGGAAUGUCAUUAAAUCUGCGGAUGCACCGUGGGAAAAUGGGUGCAGUGAAUCGUUGAUCAAGUCUGUGAAGAGGUGUCUUGAAAUUGCUGUUGGUGAUUCGAUUUUGACAUUUUCGGAAUUGCAAGCUGUGUUUUUUGAGGUUGCAAAUUUGGUGAAUGAGAGACCUAUUGGAACCAAGGUGUGUGAUCCAAAUGAAGGAACGUACUUAUGCCCAAAUGACUUGUUAUUGGGUAGAUCCAGUGCACGAGUUCCUCAGAUUGAAAUGGAUGAACGUUGCAACCCACGGCUCAGGUGGAAGUUUAUUCAACAGCUGGUUGAUGCUUUUUGGAAGAGAUGGAUCAGAGAUUAUUUCCCCACUCUAAUUGUUAGACAGAAGUGGCAUACAAACAGGAGGAAUCUGAAACGGGGUGAUCUGGUUUUAGUUCAGGACGCCAACUUGAUUCGGGGGAAAUGGAAGCUUGCCCAAGUUGCUGAGGCAGAGCCAGGAACAGACGGAAAGGUUCGAGAUGUUACAGUGCGAUACAAAAAUGUAGGUCCCGGCGCAAGCUAUACUGGAUGUACUGACACUAUCAUUCGUAGAUCCGUCCAUCGACUUGUUGUAAUACUACCUACUGAUGAAUGUGAUUAG